GUGCCCCAGUCGCUGUUUCCCCGACCUUUGUCAUUGGAGCCGUCCGGGCACGACCUCGUCAAGAUGCUCCGUUUCCUUGGUUCCGUGGACCGUCCCAGGGUGCCCCUCGACGCCGUGCAGACUUUCUUGGGCCACUGCUGGCAUUGGACGGCGCAGGACUUCCACGAUAUCUUCGGGGAGAUGCUGCGUGCGGGGUCAGUGCACCUCGUGGCCGGGUUUGUCCAGCCAGGCCCAGUCCGCGGCGUCUGGCUUGAUGACCCUCUUGCGCAUUGCAUGGGGGACGCGCUUGCAGAGAAGCGCUUCGGCAAUUUAUGA